GGCUGCUACUGAGGACGCCUUGUCUGCGGCUGCACUGUAACUGUGUCGGAGCGAACCCGGCCCGUCAUCGAAACUCUGAUUCCACAGUUGCUGCUUGUAGCCGAGAGAGAGCGGAGCCAUGUGGGGGAAAGCUGUGGGGUAUCUGGGCCUGCUGCUGGUGCUGCUGCUGCCGCUGGACGUUCUGUGUCAGGGCUUGGAUCUGUCCGAGGCUCUGGAUGCAACUCCAUCACCAGCGCCACCUGCUGUCGUGCCCAAAGCGCCAGUGAAGCCCAAGCCAGUUGCAGAGGGGGACUUUGACCUGGCUGAUGCUCUGGACCCUAAAAAUGACAUCAAGGAUAAGAACAAGAACCAGGGCAACACUGGAGGUGGAUUUUCAGACAGUGACUUGGCGGACAUCGCUAAGGACAUGGACAAGGACAAGGGCAAGGGCAAGGGCAGAGGGGGAGCUGGUGAUGGUCCUAUCCACCCAUCCAACGACAACACAGAGACCCAAGCAGAAGUGGGCACCAUCGCUGGGAUUGUGAGCGCGGUUGCCAUGGCGCUGGUGGGGGCAGUCACCAGCUACAUCUCCUACCAGAAGAAAAAGUUGUGCUUCAGCAUUCAGCAGAGCCUGAAUGCUGACUUCGUAAAAGCCGAGAACCCGGAUGCAGUCGUGGCAACAGAACCACAGGUCCAACAGACUCUUCUGGAACCUCCCAACGCUGAACCUCCUGCCACUGAAGAGAACACUGUGUAACACACACGUGUGCACACACACUCAGAGCUGAAUGUCAACACAGUUUUUUACUCUUCAGCGGGGCUGACGGCGAUUCCACCGUUGCCAAAUUUCCUUGUACAUAGUUAUUUAUUGUUCUCCAGUAGCACCAGUGACACUGUGAAAAGAAGUAUCAAGAUUUUUCUCUUUGUGUGUGUGUGUGCGCCCCCCAUCCCACACAAACACAGACCUGGAGUACUGGAAUAUAUGUCUUUGUGAUAAUGAGAAUGUGAUGUUGGUUCAGGUUGAAGCCAUCUCUUUUCACCUGUUUUGAUCAGUAUAGCUCUGGACUAGUUCUGGUCUUCUGUUGUCACGCCAGAGGAGGAGCAAAGUAUUGGGCCGCAUGUGACUCAGCGAAUUCAGUCAUGUUGCUAAAGAGCAAAGGGAAAAUGUAUUUCUUAAGGUCUUAAAUGAUCUACUGGGAUUUUUGAUGGUCUGUCACCAUCGUACUAGUGACAUUAGAUUGCGUCGCAUUCUGGGUUUCUUUUAUAAAAGAUGAAGUGGUGCAGAGUCACCCAGUGAAGUAUGUGCGACCCUUGACUCCUCCUCUGGUGUGAACGUGUCCUGUUUUUUUUUUUUUUUACCAAUCUAGACAACUAAGAAAAACAAAACAAAAAACAGGUGUAGUUGACAAUGUUUAGUUAAGCUGUUGCAUUAGCGACCCUCCAUGUUGCGUGCUUUUUCCUGCAAGAUGUGACAUAUUUAACAGAACGUGUGUUUGUGAAUGAAUACUGAUAUUACCACUUUCUUUAGCGUAUGGUAACACCCGGCACUCUUAGAACCAGGGUUACUGUCACUUUUCACACCAAUACUGAUAUUUAGCUUCCUCUUCCUCCUGUUGUUGUUGUUUAUCUGAAUAUACAAAGUUGCCUUAUUUAUUUGAAUCCUUCUGCGGUGGAUGGAAGUUGCCACUUUGUCUUUGUAUGAAGCAAAGCUCUUGCUUUUUUUAAUGAGUAGCAAGCAGAUUUGUUGUCGAGCUUCCGCGCCUGACCUUGAGCGACUAACCUGAAUGAGGAGUUGAGCUAGCAGCCUUUGACGUAGCAUCCAAAAAUCAUGGGUAGGUUAGCAGGAGAAUACAACUGCUGCAGUACGGCUUCUAUUCUUUGCACCGCGUAUGUUAGUGUGGUUGAAACUGUUUUUCAGUGGUUGCACUUUUAAAACCUUCAGACAUUUCACUAGACGACGAUAGUCACAAAUGGCAUGUUUUCACUCGAAACAUAAGCGUCGAGUAGAAGCACAAACCGGAAACAAAGCAGUUAGGGCUCACUCACUAAAACCACAGCAAUGGCUGCAUCAGAAACAAAAAGUUACGAAGCCUGUGUACCAAGUACGACAACGCUGUCUGUGGUGGGGUUAAAAAGACUGUUUAAUGGGGGACACCGCUCAUGUACAGUAAAAAGCAAGUGUGCUGUGUAGAUGGCUCUAGGAUAGUGAAUCGUGUCGUGGCGAGUGCUCUAGAUUUACGCUAUUUACUCUGUUUUUACUCGACAGUGUGUGAUGACAACUGAUCCUUCAGUGUGUGUGUGUGUGUUUACACGUUAACCUUAUCUACAACAAUUUGUACGUGACAACUUUUGCUAACAGCUGCACUUUUUGUAGAAAUGCUGCUUUCCCGAUGGUCUGCCGUUACUCUCCAUUCGUCUCAACGCGCCACACGCUGACCAAAACUGACAACAAAUCCACAAACUCCAACUCGUCCGGUAAUGAAUGUAAAGACCCGGGUUCAUCAUCACCAAGUUUUGUAGCAGAAAUUCACCAAAAAACAGCGGAUAGUUGCCUUUCACCAUCCAGAUGAAAACAUCAGCCAGCAACAGGAAUCUGAAUGUACCCACUUGUUCUUAUCUGGUGUUGCAGACUUGCCUUAAAAUGUGACUGGCAGUGGGGCUGCUCCAUGUCGGGGGUUCAUGCAUGUGUGCUUGUUCUUUGUCAGUGGCCUGGAAUCUACUCCAUAGUGGAGGUUGUUGGAGCUCUGUGAGAGUUGCCUUUUGACCCUGUGUUCAGGGAGAUGUUUGGGAGAGCUAACACUGAGGGGGAGGAGUGAUUACCAGUUUGGCAUCGAUCAAGAGGCGCAGUCAUGACCACACACUUGGUGGACACUGAGAGCAGAGCUGGUACCGCCUCCUUUUCACACAUCUGCUAAAUGGCUUCAAAGGAAAGACCUUGAGCCAGAACCUGAUGGUGUGGCUGUGUCUACUUUGCAGUUAUGGGGUUUAUGUCCUGCAGGUCUAGUUGCCACUGUUCAUGUCGAAGAGUUUGAUGCUGACCCAUAACAUGGAAUCAAGUUCCCUGUCACAGUUGCCAAGGUUACUUUGAGGGACAAAGAUAGAGGGCGAUCAAACUGUGAGGUUUUGUGGAGGAAAAUGAAGUAUUUGCGCAAUGUCAACACCAAAAUAUCGCACUUUGGAUUUUUUUGUAAUUCACUUUAAAAUCAUAACCACAGGGGGCACAGACCUCGAGGACUACAGAGGUUUGCAUCUCCAAAAGGCGGCACACACGCGAUCCAGCUGAAACACACAUGACUGCAUGUUUUUUAUCCUUCUGACUGUAAACGCGAAUCAAGUUUUUUCCUUCUUCUCAGACUGAAUAUUCAGUUUAGCUUGAUGUGGGCUAGUGACCUGUUUCUCUUCUUCUUCAAUACUACAACUCUUGUUAUGAUCAUGGUUCCAAUAUUAACUAAUAAAAUAAUAUGGAC